AUGUCACGAGUUUCCACCAAACGGCUGUUCGCAGCAUCGCCGUGCCUGCGAGCUGUGACAAUUGCGCAAGCCGCCCAUCGUCCCCUCUACCUCCCCGCGCGACACUCGAGCUCCCUUCCCACGGUCGCACAACUGGACUUCUGGAAGUCCCUUAUCCCCAAGCCGUUCCGAUCAGAGGAGAAGCUUCGCGACGAUCCCAUGAUCAAGCGCGUCAAAUCGAAGAGGAAGAAGGAGUGGAACCCGGCGACCUUCUACAUCGUCAUCUUCCUGCUGAUCGGAUCCAUGUCCAUCAACAUGCUAUCGACGAAGCAGACGUUUGAGGCCUUUUCGCGCCAAGCGGACGUGCGCAUUAGCGUCCUCAAGGAGGUUGUCGAGAAACUUCAAAGGGGUGAGACAGUUGAUGUAGAAAAGGCACUGGGCACUGGCGACCCGCAGAAGGAGCUGGAGUGGGAAGAGAUGCUGAAAGAGAUCGAGCGCGAGGACAUGUUCCGUCAAAAGAAGCAGGAAAAGGCACGGCAGGCGGAGGCCGCAGCAAAGAGCAAGGCCGAAGCAAUCACGGAGCGGCAACCAACAGUGGCACCCGAGGCUGUCAAAGCGCCAGCACGGGGCAUGUCGAGCUUUUUCUAG